AUAAAUUAGUUAAUUUUCCUCGCCAUCAACAACGAAUACGUCAAUAACCACGCGUAUAAAUUCAGGUACAUAAGCCUGGCGGUAGUACUUGAAAUUUAGUUUCGUUUGGGUUUUAUUAGCGCGCGGUCGUUGGGUGUUGCGAAACUACUUUACAAAUACAAUGCAGUCGUUUCUUAUAUUUGUUGUCGCACUCGCGUGCUUUCAAUCUAUUGAUUGUCGGAAGUUACAGCCACUAUCGUGCGAUGAUAUACGACAGUUCGUCAACGGUCACAAUUUGCGGCGUGAACAAAUAGCCAAGGGUGAAAUAUCUGGACAGCCGGCAGCGACCCAAAUGAAAUACAUGAUUUGGGAUAAGGAGUUAGCUGCGAAAGCUGCAAAGUGGGCUUCGUCGGACAAUGAUUUCCAUAAUCCAGACAGGAGCAUAGCAUCCGAAAGGUUUUCAACGGGCGAGAACUUGCACUGGUAUAUGACGAGCAAUAAAAAUCACAAGAUCAACCCAGAUUCCGCCCUCGAAUCUUGGUUCAAUGAACAUGAAAACUACAAAUUUGCGCCCUUAAAAUCGAGCGACUUUCAAAAAACUGGUAAAAAGCAGAUCGCCCACUACACUCAGAUGGUGUGGUCUGAUAGUGAUCGCGUUGGCUGCGCUAUCGGCACCUCGCGGACUGCACAGAUGAAAUCAUUCUUCGUUGUGUGCAACUAUGGACCUGCUGGGAACUAUCUAGGCAAUAUCCCAUACAAAUCCGGAGAGCCGAGCAAUCGUCUCAUCUGCGGCGUCGGCGACUGCAGUAAACCUUAUGGAGAUCAAUGCUAAUCACUACAAUAUUUAUAAUCUUUAUUCAUUCUUUUCUUAUUUAUUAUAAAAUUUUCAAAGCAAUUAUUUUAAACAAAACAAAAAAUAUUUUCACUCGAUUUACUUAUGAAUGAAAACGUGCUUGAAAUAGUUAUUAGUAAAAAAAAAACGGUUAUUGGUAAUGUAAGUAAGGACAAGACUUCUAUUACAAGAUUAUUAUAUUUGUAUUGCUACAUAAAUAUCUCAAUAUUUUAGGGGAUACCUGUUGAAAAUGUGCACCGACUAGUUAUUACCAAUUUUGUUACUGUUUUUUCCUACUGAUUCCAGACACUUUAUUAAUAUUAUAAAGACUGAUAAAAGAUUAUUUUAAAAAUAUUAGACAUAUUUUCUUUUUAAAUCCUCUUUCUAUAUAUAUAUAUGUAAUGUGUUCGCUUCAAGCAAUAAGAGGCUAGUAAUACUGCAUUUAAUAUUGUUAAGUAGUUAGGUUAGUUCAAUGUUUGAGGAAUGUCUCUUACUAAAUAGAUAUUUAUGUAUUUUUUUAAAUGGCAUGCUGGCAACAUUAGAAUCUUCUGAAAUCCAAAUUGUGUGGUUGUUAUACAGAAACGCAAAAAGUGUAUUUCCUAUUUUAUAUAAUUAUUGAACCUUCUACGUGAAGCAUGUUUUUAAAAGAAAACAUGCGGAAACCUAGAAUAUUAAAAAAACAAUCUAGUGAUAACAGAAGAUAAAUCACAGACAUGAAGUAAUUUAAUGUAUUUAUAAGUGUUUGACUGAUAUUCAUUCCUAAAUAAAUUUUG